AUGCUUUGGCGAAAGAUCCGAGUCCAUCGUCAAUGGUUUAAUUUGGAUCACAAUUACCCUUUAGCUGACAUUAUUUCUGCCCUUGAGUUUGACGAGACCGGGGCAUAUUUGGCUACCGGUGAUCGCGGAGGUCGUGCUGUAAUUUUCAAGGACACCCCCACAGGGUAUGCGUUUUUUGCAGAGUUCCAAUCCCAUGAGCCAGAAUUUGAUUAUUUGAGAAGUGUCGAAAUCGACGAACAGAUUAAUCGGAUUAAAUGGUGCAAGCAGUCAACGAACACAAUAAUAAAGCUCUGGAAAAUUUCCAACAGACGCUCUGCGCGGUCGACUGCCUCUUCUUCUUCUUCAUGUACUGCGGCAGACAGAUUUGUUCCCGUUCAUCAAAACUCUUAUAAAGGGUCGCACUUGUUCCAUAUCAACUCGAUAUCUCCAAACAUUGAUGGUCUCACAUUUCUGUCCGCAGAUGACCUGAAGAUCACUCUUUGGCAGUUGGAAAAUCCAAAAGCAUUUAUUUCCAUGGUUGAUUUGAGACCACAACCGAUGGACGAUAUCCAGCAGGUGAUCACAACGGCCAUAUUUCAUCCACAAUAUACAUAUCAAUUUCUAUAUGCAACCUCUCGGGUGACGUUAAACAAGUGGAAACAUGACGAGGACCGACAUGACCCAUUGAAUGUGGACCGAAAUCAGCCAAUUCUUUUCGGGGACCUUUUUUCUACCAUUUCAGACGCCAAAUUUUCUCCUUGUGGAAGAUAUGUGCUUGCCAGAGACUUCCAUUCCCUUCAACUUUGGGACACACACAAGCUAAACAGGCCGGUGGUUGACAUUCCGAUACCACCAGAUGUCUCAACUCGAAAACAGGUGCAGAACAAACUCCUGGACUGGUAUGCAACUGAGGCCAUCUUUGAGGACAAGUUUGAGUGCGGCUUUGAUGGCACAUCCAGAUAUAUUCAUACCGGUGCCUACAACAACAUGAACUUCAUUUUUGACUUGGAGGGCAAUUUGGUGUCUUCGAUUUUUUCGGAUAAAAGCAUUUUUGAGCAGAAAAAAGCGGCUCAAGCUGCUUCUCCGCCAGAGAAGGCAUUUUCUUUUUCCAAAAAGGUGGUCACUAGUGUAUGGAACCCAAAGGGAAACUCUAUUGCCUCUGCGGCAGCGAAUAACUUAUUUAUAUUCCGAACUAUCUAG